AUGAAGGCCCCGUGCACCCUGAGAGAGUAUAAGGUAGUUGGACGAUGCCUCCCUACUCCCAAGAGCCCAGUUCCACCUCUUUAUCAAAUGUGGAUCUUUGCUCUUAAUCAUGUGGUAGCAAAGUCCAGGUUCUGGUACUACGUUUCCCAGCUAAAGAAGAUGAAGAAGUCUUCUCGAGAAAUCGUUUAUUGUGGACGAGUCUUUGAAAAGUCCCCUCUUAGGGUGAAAAACUUUGGCAUCUGGCUGCGCUUUGAUUCCAGGAGUAGGACCCACAACAUGUACAGGGAGUACAGGGACCUGACUACUGCCGGUGCUGUCACUCAAUGCUAUCGAGAUAUGGGAGCCCGUCACUGUGCCUGGGCCCACUCCAUCCAGAUCAUGAAAGUGGAAGAAAUUCCUGCCAGCAAGUGCCGCCAACCUGCAGUCAAGCAGUUCCACAACUCCAAAAUCAAGUUCCCUCUGCCCCACAGAGUUCUGCGCCACCAGCACAAAGCACAUUUUACUGCUAAGAGGCCCAACACUUUCUUCUAA